GGACAAGUGAGUUGCGGAACGUGCGCCCACCCCUUCGCGCCGCGUCUCACUUCAAUCUAGGAACCCUCUCGCGCGGCUAUUACGUACCUUCAACUACGCUACUCCGAGCGGAACCCGUCGUCGUCGUUCGUAGCUAGACCAGCUAGUCGUCGAUCGGCCGAAAGAGAAGAGAAGAGAGAAAAAUCGCACUUGCGGCGUAUCCGUCGUGUCGAGGUCGCUCGCUCGCUCGUCCGUUCAUUCAAGAGACCGCGGUCGUCGCGAGGCAACUCCUCGAGGCUCCUCGCACCGGCAUCCAUCGAGUCAGCUCCAGCUAGGUGCAUCUAGCGGCGUUAUCGAGCGCAUACGUCAGCUCGCGACUCGACUCUACUCGGCUCGACUCAACUCGUCGAAGGAUGUUGAUGCACAACGGUAGUCUCGUGCUCGGGCCGUUGGCUUUCGCCAGCAGAGUCGGAGACAUGCAGCCGCUGCAGGAGCGAUUUCUGGGCUGGAAUUUUCCCGCGGAGCACGCGGAUCUCGUGCAUCCGCAUUGGCGCGCCUUCCUCGCGCCCGGAAGACUAUGGCACAUCGCCCUUGCGCUUAUUUACUUCUUGCUCCUGAUGCUCUCCCUCGUCGGCAAUGGCAUCGUCAUUUGGAUUUUCAGCACAUCGAAAUCCCUGAGGACACCGUCGAACAUAUUCGUCCUGAACCUGGCCGUGUUCGACCUGCUGAUGGCAACGGAGAUGCCUAUGCUGAUCAUAAACAGCUUCCUGGAGCGCACGAUUGGCUGGGAGACCGGAUGCGAAGUGUACGCGGUGCUCGGCGCGAUUUCCGGAAUGGGCCAGGCGAUCACCAACGCGGCGAUCGCCUUCGAUCGAUACAGGACGAUUAGCUGUCCUAUUGACGGUAGACUCAACGUCAAGCAAGCUAUAGUGAUGGUUUUGCUCACGUGGUUUUGGGCAUUGCCCUUCUCGAUACUACCGAUGACGGGGUUGUGGGGUCGAUACGUGGCAGAGGGUUUCCUCACCACGUGCAGCUUCGACUACCUCACAGACGACGAAGACACGCGCACGUUCGUGAUAACGAUAUUCUUUUGGGCCUACGUUCUGCCGAUGUUGCUGAUCGUGUACUUCUACUCCCAACUGCUGAAAUCUAUUCGUAAUCACGAGAAAAUGCUGCGCGACCAAGCGAAGAAGAUGAACGUCAAGUCGCUCGUGUCGAACCAGGACAAAGAGAGAAGCGUCGAGAUGAGAAUCGCGAAAGCCGCUUUCACGAUCUUCUUCCUCUUUGUCCUUGCAUGGACGCCGUACGCGGUGGUCGCCUUAACGGGAGCCUACGGAAAUCGCGAAGCGCUCACUCCCUUGUCGACAAUGUUGCCGGCCAUUUUCGCCAAGACGGUCUCGUGUAUCGAUCCAUGGAUAUACGCGAUCAACCACCCUAGGUAUCGACAAGAGUUGGAGAAGCGCUGUAAGUGGCUGGGAAUUCGGGAAUCAGCGGCCGAUGACAACGUGUCGGCGCAGACCGAGAAAUCUACCACAGAGGAGUCGUAAUCUCGCCGAUGGUGGACGUCAUCGGUGUCGAUUGUCGAGAGGACGCCGAUCGAUCGUGUCGCAUUGUCACCACCAAUGCAAUCUUGACCGGUCGCCUAGAUAUACGCAUAUAUAUAUAUAUAUGUAUCUUUUAUUCUCUUCCUCUCUCCCACCUUUCCUUUUUCCCUGAGAUGCAUCUCACUCGUGGAUACGAUUGGCCGAGAACUCUGUCCGAUUGCAACGAGAAUCUUUAAUAAAAGAAGACUGGGCGCUGUUUAACUCAUAUACGUCGAGAGAUACUGUAUAAAUAUAAUCAGAGCAUAUAUGAAA